UGGCUCUGCCCACUAUGACUCAUUUGUUCACAUUGGAAACGACAGGCUGUGGUCUAUCUUGGUUUCACUGAUAAAGUAUUUGACUUCAUCGUCACAACAUAUGUUUCCGACUUGUUCCCAACGAGAAACUGCUGCACCGAUCUGAGGUGCAAGUUGAGUCUAUUCGCAGGAAUGGGAAAUUCAACCACCUGUAGUAACCAUCUGGGGAUCCCCCCAGCAAAAGGGCCCAAUGCCGUGGGAUGUUCAGAUUUCAUGAUGGAUCAUACUGUAAAGGGUACCUUCUUUCGGCUAUACUAUCCAUGUGUAGCAUCCGAGGAUGCGGAAAAACCAGACUGGAUCCCAAGCAAAGAAUAUUUCUAUGGGCUUGCAGACUUCAUGAACAUCAACAGAGGCCUGAGUGAACUGAUUUUUAAUUACCUCUUUGGAUCUUUUAAGAUACCUGCUGCCAUGAAUGCCCCAUAUAAACAGAAUGGGAAGUGUCCAGUAGUUGUCUUCUCUCAUGGACUUGGAGCUUUCAGAACUUUAUAUUCAGCCAUAUGCGCAGAACUGGCCUCACAGGGUUUCAUAGUAGCAGCAGUGGAACACAGGGAUGAAUCUGCCGCUGCCACAUUCUUCUACCAUGGAAAGACUGAAGAGCCUGAGGAGAAGGAAGAGGAGUCGCUGCCGCCUAAACCCAACCCCGGGGCCCCAGAGAACCUGCUAGAGGAAUGGAUGUACUACAGAUCUCUGAAACCAGGCGAGAGUGAAUUCCCCCUCAGGAAUAAACAGGUAUUACAGAGAGCCGAUGAAUGCAUAAAGGCUUUGGAUAUACUCAUCAAAAUCAACUCGGGAAAGAAGAUGGAGAACGUGCUCGGGACAGAGUUUGACUGGAUGACUUUGGCGAACUCUAUGGACUUGUGCCGGAUAGCAGUGAUGGGCCAUUCUUUCGGUGGGGCAACAGUGAUCGAAGCCCUCUGCAAUGAGGUCAACUUCAAGUGUGGCAUUGCCCUGGAUGCAUGGAUGUUCCCCCUGGAUGAGGAGAUCUACACCAGGGUAAAGCAGCCCAUCUUCUUCAUCAACUCUGAGAAGUUCCAGUGGGCCGGGAACAUCAUGGCCAUGAGGAAACUGGUCCCACCUGACUCCUCCUCCACACAGAGGAAAAUGGUCACCAUUAAGGGAACGGUUCACCAGAGCUUCCCAGACUUCACCUUCCUGACAGGCAAUUGGAUCGGGAAGAUCCUGAAGCUGAAAGGAGAAAUCAACCCUCAGGUUGCCAUCGAUCUCUGUAAUAAAGCAUCGCUAGCAUUCCUGCAGCGACAUCUAGGUAUGGAUAAAGACUUCAAUCAAUGGGACCAUCUAAUAGAGGGCAAGGACGACAACCUCAUUCCAGGCACCAAUGUCACAGAACUACCUUAGUUCAAUUCCAUCUAAACUAUGCACUUUACACAGAGGGGAUGUUUGAUUUCCAGACAAUACCACUAGCUGAACUUAAGGUGCCAAUAUGUGUUGCACUGAGCCUUGCAACUGUUUAAUCAUAGACUAAAUGUAAAAUAGAUGCAAAGCAAUUUCUACUACAGGCCAUCUUAACCAGUACCUAAUUAUGAUUGCUCGGCGAGGGUGCAUAUCUCCAAGUAUUGAGAAACUGCUUUUUUGGUUUCAUAGUAUCUAUAUAGAGCAUCUAAGAACACAAUCUGCUGUACUCAGUAUGUCUUACAUGAACAAAGUUAUGGUUGCAGUGUGCUAUGCGAUUAUACACCUGUAUGGGAUAUUAUUCAAGAGUACGGUUUAGAAAUUGUUUGGAUCAAGGAGUCUUAAUACAGUUUCAAGAUUUCAUUUUAUAACCCCUAGAUGGUUAAUGUGAUUACGACUGUGAUUAAAUAUUUGGUGUUUAUUUAGCAUGAUUGCACAGAGUACAGAUUGAGAUCAGGUAGCAUAGAUACAACAAGAAUCGAACAAAUUGAUUACACUUAGCUCACAAAGGAUGAGAUGUUUCUCGAUUCCUUUGAAUCAGAUCCAUAAAUGUGUCAUGUGCCUUAAUCUAUCUACAGCAGCCUACCUGUGUCCUUCCACCUGGGUUGUAUUUGUUAGUCACCAAACGGAAAACUCACGUACACAACCUGAACUUGCCAAUGAGAAACGCUCCUUUUCCGUUUUCUGUUGCAAAACCUUCAGUAGUGUGGCCUAAUGCAGUUUCUUAACUCCUCGGGUUACCCCCAACAGCACAUAUUAUUGUUGUGGCCCCAGACAAACUGAUUCUACUCGGAGGGCUUGAUGAUUAGUUGACAAGUUUAAUCACGUGUGCUUGUCUGGGCCUCAACAAUGUGUGCUGUUUGGGGGUAUUGGAGGACUGGAGUUGGGGAAACAGUGCACUAAUAAAUACAACCCUGGGACACUCAAAUGUAACAGCUUAUUUUUCUGUCCUUCAUUUCCACGCUUUUCAUAUUUACACUACUGUAAUCCAAUGCAUCUAAUUUGUAUACAACUAUAAAUGGAUACUGUGAA